CCUUUUCGAAAGCUCUCAUUUUAACGUGGAAAUUUUCUCUUUUGUUUAGGCAAGGCUAAGGCGUUUAAAUUAAACAAUUAUGACAGCGUCGGUGUCGUUUUUACCAAAGUACCUCAGUCUGAUGAUCUCUGCGGGACGCAUCUGCCGGCCUGCAUGUGUUUCCCAUCAACGCCUACGUCUAGCCCACUCGCAGCCUUGCGAGGAGCAUGUCGCUAUAAAGGAGCCUUAUGUAAUCCUUCAGCAUUGGUUAGAAUUCGCCCAGACACAUGUCCCCCAAUGUAGUCCACAUUUGGCCUGCAUGGCCACCGUGGAUAAGGCUGGGCAACCCGUCACUCGACUGACCACUAUCGAAGAAGUAAAUGCCGCUGGCAUCACAUUCUUCACCAGUCUGGGCAGUCGUCAGGCGGGUGAGAUCUGUAGUAAUCCACAUAUGUCACUGCAUUUCAAUUGGCCAGUAUUGAGGCGCAGUGUUCGAAUUGCCGGUAGUGCCAGGCAGUUAACCUCAGAACAGGUCUUCAGCCAAUUUCGAAGAUAUCCGCGUCAUGUUCAGCUCAGCAUUAGCACGGGAUCACAUUCAAGAAAUCACGACUCGAUGCCCAAACAUUGGCACAAGAAACUCUAUGCGAGAUUUAGAGAAUAUUUGGGUUCGGUGUUUGGGGGUUCCCCAGAGGAAAUACCCAUGCCAGCCAACUGGGGGGGUUUUCUCUUAAAGCCAAGUCUAUAUGAAUUCGGUGUUGCCACUGGAACAGGAGAAACUAUGGAACGUAUGCGAUUCCGACGCUGUCUGGCCUUGCCAAGAGGUAAGAGAAAUCAAACCAUUAAUGCCGAUCGCUAUGAUUGGGUCUAUGAUAAUUACAUUGAAAACAAAUAAGGAUCUUCAGAAUUUCACAAACCUUACCAAAUUGGACAAAACUUUUAUUUAACAUUAAACCUUUCUCGAACUGUA